AUGCCGUCUUUGACUUCCCUGCUCUCAUUCUUUACUCUGGCUGCUGGAGCCCUCAGUGCCAGCUCCGAGCUCUCCAAGAGAGAGACCUACACAUCCAGCUCAACUGGAACCAGCAAUGGUUACUACUACUCGUUCUGGACGGACGGCUCGGGCGACGUCACCUAUUCCAACGGCGCCGCUGGUGAAUACAGCGUGACUUGGACUGGCGACAAUGGGAACUUUGUCGCUGGAAAGGGAUGGAACCCUGGUGGCAGUCGUUCGGUGAGCUUCUCCGGCUCCUACAACCCCAGUGGAAACAGCUACCUCUCCGUCUACGGCUGGACCCAAGACCCCCUCAUCGAAUUCUAUAUCGUCGAAGACUUUGGCACCUACAACCCAUCUUCUGGCGCAACGAAGAAGGGCACCGUUACUAGCGACGGCAGCACUUACGAUAUCUACACCAGCGAGAGAGUCAACCAGCCUUCUAUUGAAGGUACUGCUACCUUCACCCAGUACUGGUCUGUUCGCCAGAACAAGCGUUCCGAGGGAACCGUCACUACUGGCAACCACUUCACUGCCUGGGAGAACCUGGGUAUGGAUAUGGGGUCGUUCAACUAUAUGAUUGUGGCUACGGAGGGUUACUUCAGCAGUGGUUCUGCUGAUAUUACCGUCAGUUAA